AUGUCUAUGUAUCCGCACCGACCCAUUGCGGGCGCGCCCAUUCAGAACAUGGGCCGCCUCAACGAGCUCCUCGAUGGCAUCAGAAUGGAAUUCGAAUCACAAGCUCGCCAGUACGAGACCUGCCAGCAUGACUUGGCAACGCAGCUUCAGGAGCUUCAGGUCAUCCGUGAGAAAGUCUUCCAGAUGGAGCAGCACCAGAUGAACGUAAAGCAAAAGUACGAGGAUGAGAUUGCGCUGCUGCGUCGCCAGCUUGAAGCCCGCGGAGGCGCUCCCGGCAACAUGAACCCGCCUCCACAGCAUCCUGGCCAGCAGCAGCCCCCUGCAAUCGGUUUGGGAAGCAAUGUCUUUAGCGCGAUCAUGGCAGGUCAGGGAGGGCAGGCCUUGGUCCCUCCUCCCCCUCCACCGCAGCAGCAAGAACAGCCAGCACAUAUGCCUGCGCCCCCUGGGCUUCAGGGUCCUCCUCCCCCGCCCCCGCCGCCGUCUCAGCAGCCUCCCUUCCAGCAGCAGUAUCAAGGACCCCAGGGACCUGGUAACUUUCCUCCCCAGCCGCCGCAGAGCACUGCCUCUCCUGGCCCUGCCGGCAAACGUGGCAUCGGCAGACCUCCCGCUGGCGGCCCGGCUACUCCUCAAAUCAACACUCCGAUCCCGUACAACGGCGGCCCUGCUCAGUCGCCCCAGGUCCCAACCCAUCCUACCCCGGACCAUACCCGGAUGGCUCAGCACCACCAGCCUCCCCCGCCUCCGCCUUCUCAGACCAACGCUUUGAGCGAGCUUGAUCCCGACCGCCUUCCGAAUCACAUCAAGAAGAUGAAGGACGAUUGGUGGGUUAUCUUCAACGCGGCCGUUCCCAGGGUACUAGACGUUGAGCUGGUUCACACUCUUCAGCAUGAGAGCGUUGUUUGCUGCGUGAGGUUCAGCAUGGAUGGCAAGUACGUUGCCACCGGCUGCAACCGUUCCGCUCAGAUCUACGACGUGGAGACUGGCGAGAAGCUUUGCAUCCUGCAAGACGAAAACAUCGAUCUUACUGGAGAUCUUUACAUCAGAAGCGUCUGCUUCAGCCCUGAUGGCAAGUAUCUUGCCACUGGGGCCGAGGACAAGCUCAUCAGAGUCUGGGAUAUUCAGUCGAGGACCAUUCGUAACACCUUCCAUGGCCACGAACAAGAUAUCUACAGUCUCGACUUCUCUCGCGAUGGUCGCACUAUUGCUUCCGGUAGUGGCGAUAGAACCGUCCGUCUUUGGGACAUUGAAACCGGGCAGAACACGUCUGUCCUCUCUAUUGAAGAUGGUGUCACGACUGUUGCUAUCUCGCCCGACAAGCAAUUCGUUGCUGCCGGAUCCCUGGACAAGAGCGUCCGUGUCUGGGACAUGAGAGGCUACCUUGCGGAGCGUCUUGAGGGCCCCGACGGCCACAAGGAUAGCGUCUAUAGUGUUGCUUUCUCUCCUGAUGGCCGCAAUCUUGUCAGUGGCAGUUUGGACAAGACCAUCAAAAUGUGGGAGCUUAGUGCUCCGCGUGGUAUUCCUUCUUCGGCGCCUCCUAAGGGUGGGCGCUGCAUUAAGACCUUCGAGGGCCACAGAGAUUUCGUCCUCAGCGUUGCACUGACCCCUGACUCGCAAUGGGUCCUCUCCGGUUCCAAGGACCGCGGUGUCCAGUUCUGGGACCCCCGUACCGGCCAUACACAGCUCAUGCUCCAGGGACACAAGAACUCGGUCAUCUCCGUGGCGCCCAGCCCAGUGACUGGUCCCAACGGUGUUGGGUACUUCGCUACCGGGUCUGGUGAUAUGCGGGCCCGCAUCUGGUCUUACUCUCGGAUAUAG